AUGGCUGCCCCUACCGUCAAGCUGAACAGUGGUUUUGAGAUGCCCCUUGUGGGCUUCGGCCUGUGGAAGGUCAACAACGACACUUGUGCCGAUCAGAUCUACAACGCGAUCAAGGCCGGUUACCGCCUGUUCGAUGGCGCUUGCGACUAUGGCAACGAGGUCGAAGCCGGCCAGGGUGUCGCCCGGGCCAUUAAGGACGGCCUCGUCAAGCGCGAAGAGCUCUUCAUCGUCUCUAAGCUCUGGAACAGCUUCCACGAAGCUGACAAGGUCGAGCCCAUCGCUCGCAAGCAGCUCGCUGACUGGGGUGUCGAUUACUUCGACCUGUACAUCGUCCACUUCCCCAUCGCACUGAAGUACCUUAACCCCUCUGUCCGCUACCCGCCCAGCUGGACGACCGCCGAAGGCAAGAUCGAACUCGCCAAUGCCCCCAUCCACGAAACCUGGGGCGCCAUGGAGACUCUCGUUGAUAAGAAGCUGGCCCGUAGUAUUGGUGUUAGCAACUUCAGCGCCCAACUGCUGAUGGAUCUGCUACGCUAUGCUCGUGUUCGUCCUGCAACCCUGCAGAUUGAACACCACCCCUACCUCACUCAGACACGUCUUGUCAAUUAUGCCCAGGAGCAAGGUAUUGCUGUGACUGCUUAUUCCUCUUUCGGUCCUUUGAGCUUCAUUGAGCUUGACCUGAAGCAUGCCAAGGACACCCCAUUGCUCUUUGAGCAUGCCACUAUCAACUCAAUUGCAGAGAAGCAUGGCCGCACCCCUGCUCAGGUCCUGCUUCGCUGGUCUACACAGCGCAACAUUGCUGUGAUCCCCAAGAGUAACGACCCUACUCGUCUUGCACAGAACUUGCAGGUCACAGACUUUGACCUUGAAGCUGGCGACAUUGAGGUCAUCAGUGCAUUGGACAAGGGUCUGCGCUUCAAUGACCCUAUGGCUUAUGGCCUCGGCAUUCCCAUUUUCUAG